UACAUUCAGAGCAUGGAAUCAAAGGUGAAUAAGCUAAAGAGCGAAAUGGUUCAUCUGGAGAACCGUCUGCGUGCCUCUGAGAGUCAUUGCGUUGCAGGCCAGACAUUUGUUGAAGAUCGACGGAGCAGAUCCUCGGACGUCAGGCGGUGUCAAAGGUCACCUGCUUCUGCCUCUGCAAAUACUGCCGUCUUGUCGAUGACGAGACCCGUGAAUCGGUCCGUUAGCAACGGAGGCCAUCAAUGUAGUCGCUCGGAGUGCAUAUCUGGUGGCGAUGGUAUCCCUCCCAUCUACCCCAAUGAGGGCUCUCCGCCUCCUUACCGUAUGAUUAGGACCUCAGCUGCCACCAACACCCGUAAGAAAACAUUUCCUUCUAGCGUUUAG